ACCGCCCGCCAACACCGCCCAUGGUCAGAAUGACGCGCUCCAAGACCUUCCAGGCCUACCUGCCGAGCUGCCACCGGACAUACAGCUGCAUCCAUUGCCGGGCCCAUUUAGCCAACCAUGAUGAGCUCAUCUCCAAGUCGUUCCAGGGCAGCCAGGGCCGAGCCUACCUGUUCAACUCAGUGGUGAACGUGGGGUGUGGUCCUGCAGAGGAGAGAGUUCUGCUCACAGGCCUGCACGCCGUGGCAGAUAUCUACUGUGAGAACUGUAAGACCACCCUGGGCUGGAAAUACGAACAUGCCUUUGAGAGCAGUCAGAAGUAUAAAGAGGGCAAGUUCAUCAUCGAGCUGGCCCACAUGAUCAAGGACAACGGCUGGGACUGAGCAACAAGCCGGCCGGGACACGAGCACAGCGGAAGGGGAGAGGGUUGGGUGAAUGGAUGGAUGGGGGAGGGCGGGGAAGGGUGUUAGGGGGGGGGUUGUAGUGGGUGAGUGUGUGACUUUGGUUUGGCUGAUUUACCAUUAACCUCUGUAAGUCCCUGCCCAUUCCUCCCCUACGACGCCUCUUGCACACACCGACACUCACACGCGUCAGGUCGCUGCGGCGGAUGACCUAUGACCGCGGAUGAGACGACAGCUCUCCUUUUCUUACCGAAACCCGAUUCUGUAUCUUUAGGAUCUUCCCGCACCACUAGAGCACACCCGCUUGUGUUCAAAACCAGCUCAGAGGAAACGCAUCCAGCAGUCAGCCUUGUUUGGCUGUUCUGCCACCCCAACCCCACGUUGCUAGCGAUGACCUAAGAUGAUUAUAACAAAUCGACAUGAUUGGGGCGGUGCCAGCUGGGUCAGUGACAAGGCUUGGCACAGACGGGUGCGGGGAUUGACGCUCAGCGGACCGUUCACUAAAACCCAAAGAGGGGAGGGGAUGAGUGGAAGAUAGUGUUCCAGUAAUGCGGGAGCUUCGACGGCUUCUGGCUGAGAGCCGGUUCAGCUCAGGGCGGCCCCUUUGAAUGACAAACAGCUUCCAGCGUCAUCAGCUUCUCUUCUGGUUGAAAUCCCUCCAAAGUCACCUGCGGAUCAGAGAAAAGAUCUCGCGUGGUCCUCAAAGUUCUCUUGUAGGCUGACUAGGCAAGAAAGCUUCAGUUGGAUGGUGAUCAUGAUGUAGAGAAAUGGUAUGACAUUUCAUGUGUUUUAUUUCCUUGACCACAAUGAAAUGUAUUGUGGAUGCUAAAAAGCUAAUGAUUCACAUAGUGGUGUGUGCCGUGUUUGUGCAAUCGCAUUUUAGAGGAAAUUACUUCCUUGACCUGGACUGACUUUGUGUUCAUCUGCUUUACACAUAAAUGCAACGGCUAUAAAUUCCCAGGGCAAUGAUCACUAUGUCAUGGCAUAAUGUCCAACUAUAGUUUGAAUACCAUGCUGUCUUUUUUUGUUGUCACACUCCAGCGGGUGACAUUUACAUGCGUUCUAUCUAUUGCUGUCACGUUUAAGUGGUCCUAACACUCCAUAAUGAACACACCUGGCAACAUGAAGCAGUUUUUUCUGAGAAGACCCGUGGGUUUCUCUACCUAAUGUUCUGAGAUUCUUUUUUUUCCUUUUCUACUUGUGUCUAUCGCCCUUACUCGAUAUUCCACACACAAAAAGAGCAGCUCCUCAGUCCUCUAUGAAUCGAGUGCUUCUCUGAUGGAAACCUGCUUUUUUUCAAAUGAGUGAAUCCAUUAGAUUUUCCAUCUGGUGGAAUGCACCACAAGUAUACAGUAUGCAUGAUCUAAAGUGCCAGUUGGCUUUGUGUCUCAGCUUCGUCCCAGCUGAGAGAGUUACUGCCACUGGCACCAUUUCAGAUCCAUCUGCAUCAUAUCCAAAGGAUAACUAAAUACGAUCCAGAUGAAGAGCGGUAUAGAAUGUCUCAUCUUUCAGUGAUAGUUUCUUUUGUUGAGAGUUGUUCCAACCUCUGCAGUAGAAGGUCAUCUUAAAACCCAUCACAACCAAAGAAAGCACCCAUCAGCAUGAACCUAACCAAGCACAACGUCCCAUUUUGCUUGGGGGGGGGAGGGAAAUGCGAGGGUGUGUAUAGCUGAAAGCCAAGGCUGUGGAUCGUACUUGUUCGUCAUAUAUAUUUUACAUCUUUUAUUUUAUCAACAACAGAUCUUAAUAUAUGAAUCUAUUGUAUUGACUGUAUUUGCCAUGAGGAAUACCAUUCAUGUCAACCUCCGUGUUACAAUAUGUAAAUAAUGUCAAUGUGUCAUGUUUGAUCAACAAAACCCCUGCGAUGAUGAAUGAAUUUGAUUAGGGUCAUGUCAGGCUUUCUCUCUGGUUGGCUGUACAAAAAGACUUUUUUACCCGAAAAUGUUUCAAUUUUAACGUCUUUUGUAAAGAGGGAUGCCGACCGAUGUUGACUUCAUGUUAUAUGAUCAUCAUCUAAUAAAAUGCGACGUUGAUAUCUGA